AUGUUCAAUCUCCUUAAGCUUGGUCAAAGAGUUGUUCACACCAGGGGCCUGCGACAAGCUCAUCAUAGAAAUAAAUCGUUCUUAAUACCACCACAUAUACCCUCCCUAGGAUCUUCUGAGGAAACAGCGGCAGCAAGAGUCUGGAUUUCUCAAUUUCGUGCCUCCAAAAUUCCCAAAUCAGCUGUGACUUUGUCUUUUUCGAGAAGUUCUGGGCCAGGCGGGCAGAAUGUCAAUAAAGUAAACACGAAAGCAAUGAUACGGUGUUCAAUCGACGCAGAGUGGAUCCCACCGUGGGCUAAGAGCUUUCUGGAGCGCUCUCCGUAUUAUGUGGUCUCUUCCCAAUCCCUCCAACUAACCUCAAGCGUCUUCCGCUCUCAGUCUCAAAAUAUCGACGACUGUCUUUCCAAGCUCCACGCUCUUGUCCUCGAGGCGUCGUCUGCAGAUGUGAAAGUGGAAACAUCAGCAGAGCAGAAAAAUCGUGUUGCGAGUCUUAUGAAGGGUGCAGAUAUCAAAAGACGAAACGACAAGACUUAUCGGAGUCAAAUCAAAGCCACGAGGAAAUCACCCAAACGAGAGUAG